GGAGGUCCGGAGGGUGAGUGGGGCGCCCCUGGGGACAUCCAACCCCACCCGACCUCGUCCUGCCCUGUUCCCCGCCUUGCAGGCGAGCGUUGCCCUUUUCCGGCGCCGACCCAUGAGCCCCAGUGGCAAAGGCAGCCGUGAGGUCCCCGGGCUGGGGGUCCCCGCUGCAAAACCUUUCGCGGUUUCCGUGGAAGAAAUAAGGUCGGGCAGAUUUGCUGGAUGACCUUGGUGUUUCUUACUUGGUGUUUCACUGUGUGAAAAUGGGAUGAUUGUCGUCUUCGCUCCUCACGAGAGUUUCGCUGUUUUAAGUAGGAUGGUAGAGCUCUUGAAAGGAUGGAACUUAGCUGUGUUGUCCUGCCUCAGGGAACAAACUCAUCUAUUGCAGGCCUAGCCUGGGUUGCUGCCUUUGUAAACAAGGGAAGAUCUGUAGAAUAUCAGCAUGGAAUUUCCAGAGAGGUCUUAUUUCAAAACUUCAUAAAGAACAAGAAACACAUGAACUUCUUCGAGGAAGAUUGAAUUGGACUGAAUUUGAGGGAGAGGAUAAGAUAAUGUGUGCCCAACCUGUAAGUAACACCAAGGAGGUCAAGUGGCAGAAGGUGUUAUAUGAGCGACAGCCCUUCCCUGACAACUAUGUGGACCGGCGGUUCCUGGAAGAGCUCCAGAAAAACAUCUAUGCCCGGAAAUACCAGUAUUGGGCUGUAGUAUUUGAGUCCAGUGUGGUAAUACAGCAGCUGUGCAGCGUCUGUGUUUUUGUAGUUAUCUGGUGGUACAUGGAUGAAGGUCUUCUGGCUCCCCAGUGGCUUUUUGGGACUGGCUUGGCAUCUUCAUUGAUUGGGUAUGUUUUGUUUGAUCUCAUUGAUGGAGGUGAUGGACGGAAGAAGAGUGGAAGGACCCGGUGGGCUGACCUAAAGAGUGCCCUCGUCUUCAUUACUUUCACUUACGGUUUUUCACCAGUGUUGAAGACCCUGACAGAGUCUGUCAGCACUGACACUAUCUAUGCCAUGUCAGUCUUUAUGUUGUUAGGCCACCUCAUCUUCUUUGACUAUGGUGCCAAUGCUGCCAUUGUAUCCAGCACACUGUCCUUGAACAUGGCCAUCUUUGCUUCAGUCUGCCUGGCCUCACGUCUUCCCCGGUCCCUGCACGCCUUCAUCAUGGUGACAUUUGCCAUCCAGAUUUUUGCACUCUGGCCCAUGUUACAGAAGAAACUGAAGGCAUGUACUCCCCGCAGCUAUGUGGGGGUCACACUGCUUUUUGCAUUUUCAGCCUUUGGAGGUCUCCUGUCCAUUAGUGGUGUGGGAGCCAUACUCUUUGCCCUUCUGCUGGUUUCCAUCUCAUGUCUCUGCCCUUAUUACCUCAUUCGCCUGCAGCUUUUUAAGGAAAACAUUCAUGGGCCUUGGGAUGAAGCGGAAAUCAAAGAAGACUUGUCCAGGUUCCUCAGCUAAGUGAGGGACCUCCAUUAAAUUAUUAAGGUGAUAAAACUCACAUCCUGAACCAGUAUAACAUCUGAAGGCAGAGUUUCAUUCUGGAAGCAGCAGGCUGGCGUGGAUGAGAGAACAGAGAUCAGAAGCAAAAGGUUAACCAAAGUCUUGGGUGGUGAAGGUGCUUGUCCUUCCUGUUAUUCGGUGGAUGAAAAAGCUUUCUUGGUAUCCUCUUAAAUUAUUGCCUCAUUUAUUAUUUGCUGUGACAAAUGAAGUGAUAUGGUUUCUAUUUAUUAAACGACAACAAAAAAUAACAACACAUCCUUCAAGUUGUCUCAUGGUUUUUCUGAAAGCAGAAGGCAGACUCAGAAGGUCCAUGAGAGUAAAGAGAGAAUAAAAGUGUGUGUGUGUGUGCAUGUGUUUGUGUGUGUAAAGUCACUUCUCUAGCUUUUCAGUGUACUAAUGCAGGCUGUCAGUGUAUCUAGAAUCCAGGAUGCUGUGUUCAGUUUUGUUUCCCAAGACUGCAGAAGUGGUCACUUAACUUCAACUCAGAGUUUUUACUUAGUUCUUAAACAUGUACACAGUAAAGGAGAGUGAUGUGUUUGUAUAAGCAAGAUGCUAGGGGAAUUCAAAGAGGCUGAAGAUAAUCUAGAGCAAUUAGGAAAUACUUGGGAGAGGAGGUGGCAUUUAAACUUAGUCUUGGAAGAUAGGUGGGAUUUAAGGAGGCAAAAGAUGGGUUUUGGGCAAUGUGACAAGGACCUUUGGGGGCCAUUUCAUUAAUGUAAACAAAUGUGUCACUGAAGGCAGCUGUGGAGCAUAAGCUAGCCUGCCCUGUCCAAUUAAGCAAAUGUCACUGCUUCAACUGGUUAUUUCUACUUUUUUUUCUUUUUUGGCAGUACUGGGUUUGAACUCAGGGCCCCAUGCUUGCUAGGCAGGUGGCUCUACCACUUGAGCCACUCUGCCAGACCAGUUGUUUCUAUUUAUACUCAGAGUUUUGACCUCACUUAAGACCUUACAA